AGUUUUGCUAUCCAGUUACAUCAAGUUAGUCAAGCAGGACGAGUUUCCAAGAAGAUAUCAAUUUUAGAAGCUUUGUUUUUAAUCGUAAAUAAAGUAAGAUGUAUUUUGUUUUAUUGUUAUUAAUAAACGUGAAAAGCUGACAUACUUUUCUAGUUUAUCGAUAUUUUAUUAAAAUAGGAUGGCAUCUUCGAAUUGUGAGGAUAUUUUUUUAAAUCCACCUCCAAGAAUAAUAUGGGCAGAGGAGGAGCCUGAUCCAAUUUUUAAACAAAGCAUAGAAGGAUCAGAAUUACCUGAACCUAUCUUUCCAAAACCGACUUUUACACCUAUAAGAGAAUUAUCGGAGAAAAGUUUCUCAGACGAGGAAAUCGAUAAAGGAAAACGCGUCCCAAAUUUAGAGCAGAUGCUGCUAACUAAUCGGCCUCCUACAAAAGAAGAAAAAAAGGGUAAGAAAAAGAGAAGGAAGGAAAAUCAGAAGAGAAAACAGGCGGAUUGUUUGCAAAAGGCAUUAAAAAUUUUUCAACAAUUUUCAAAGGAUACUGGAACCCAACUAAAUGUUUACCCUUUUAAAAAUGAAUUAAAGAAAGGUGAAGUAAUAAAAAACCAAAAACCACCUCAUUUUAUCAGCAUUGAUAAAAUUGAUAAAAAACUAGUUGAAGACUAUUGUAGAAUUCUACUAAUAGGAGUUUUAAAAGAUUUAAUUGAAAUAGUACCAAAAGUUUUUGAAUUAAAACGGAAAAUAAGAGAAACAGAAAGUUUGGAAGAAAAGAUGCUUGCUUUGGGAAUAAUGCAUUAA